AUGAAGUCGAUGAAAGUUUUGGUAUCCUUUCUUAUUGGUUAUAUCUUUAAAAGUUUGUGCAUGACUGGUGUUAUGGCAAACAAGGAUAGUCCACCAGCAGGACAAAAACAACCAGGUCCAACACAAGGUAGUGAACAAGACAAACUUGUAGACUCCGGAUGCAAUUUUUCCGCUAGAACAGAUAUGGGCGUAUCUCCUUUUAGUUCUAUUAAAAAAACCGAUGAUGAAAUGUGCAUGGUAAAAACCAACGAUGAUGUAAACACCUUUUUGUAUUCAUGUGAUGGUGUUUCCGAGCCCGCAACAUGCCCUGAGGUCGUAAAAGUUGACGAUUCCGAUGUGGAUAUUAAGACCCUUUUUACACAGGCAACAUGUACCGACAAGACGAGUGAGUAUGGAGGCAUUCGUACAUUUCAAGUAUUGACCGGUAAAGCUCAGCGUGAGUUCACUGCAAAGUGCGUAUGUACCAAGGCUGACGGCAAAAGUGAAACUAUGACCAUAACAUCUUCCUUUGGCAAGGUCAACAUUUUUGCUGUUGUUGGCAUACUUUUUCUUGUUGCUUUAGGUCAAUUUUAG